AAUCAGCAGACGAAUAGGGGCAUGGUUAGAACUACAUGACGUCACGUUGUCGAUUUGUGCAGAAAAAAGUGAAAUCGUCGUCUUCUCUUCCCUUCUUUUUCACUGAUUCUGUCGAUAAAUAAGCUUUGCCGCGAAUGUAUAGAUAAAUUACCUACUCCUGUUCAAGACAUUGUAUAAAUUGAACGGAUUGUGGAGGGAAGUUGCUGAGUGGCGCGUAAACUGGUCCCGGGAAGCACAUAGGCUACGUAGGUUUGCAGAAGCAUGUCUUCAGAUGCAAGUUCAAAGUCAGCAGCUGCUAGACCUUCAUCUACCUCGAAAGAUUCAGAGUCUUAUCAAAGUAGCAGCAGUGGCAAUGAAAGUAACACCCAACGACAUGAUUUCCAAAGUGCAACCUAUUCACCAACCCAGCACUCCACCAUAGCAAACUUGGAGAAAAUCAUGAGAACCCCAAUCAAUCCUGUUCCAGGAACAAGUCAAACACUAAAUGAUGGGAGGUCUGUAAAUAAACCUUUUGGCCAACGGGCAAAGAAAUCUUUCCCUCAGCCAAAGAGGUUCAAAAUCCCGCAGCCAGUUCUUGGAAAAGAUCCCAAUCACCCAGAGAUUGAAGUGGUUGAAUAUGUUGAGAAAGUAAAACCAAUUCUAGAACCUCAACAAGUUUCAAACUAUGUUACCUCUCCUAUUUCAUCGAAGGAAUUGCACCUUGAUAUUCCACAGCAUUCCAUUAAGAUAGAAGUAAUCGCUGCUGACCAGAUCUCUGGAGGUGAAGAACCUCAACAGACACCCUCAAUCAAGGCAUCCCCUGUACCUGAAUCUGAGCAAAAUAAUGCAUCACCUGUACAUACACCUGAUCAAUCGGUUUUCAAUCAUCCUUGCCCUGCACAGAGCCCCGAUCAAGUGACAGAAAUCAAGCCAUCGCCAUUGUAUACAUCUUAUAGAGAAACAUCGCCUACGACGCAACCAUGUACUGCAGAGCCAUCAGGCGCAAAGAUGUUAAGCGACGAAGAAAUGAACAGAACGGUGACUUCCACAACAUCUUUGUUUACUGGUGGUGGUUCACUCAUGGACGAAGAGGACAAGAAAUCCCUAUUAGCCUCGAUGAAACAAGCCUAUACAUCAGAGUUGAACCAAUCCGAAAAAAUGCAGGGAAAUGAGAGUGACGCCAGUCUCAAUGAUUCCGUUACUAUGCCUCAGUUGUUCAAAUCACCUAACUCGGGUUAUGAAACAGACAAGAGCCGUCCUCCCCCAGAUCUACUUUUUGAAGAUUCUUUCGAUGAAGAACUGGUUACUUUGGCAAAUAAAACGCUCUUCGGUUCUUCAGAUUCCAAGACGGAUUUUGGAUUGGAUGGUCAAGACCAAGAAGAAGUUCAAACCAGCGAAGAGUUGACAACAACCUCCACUGAUGUUGCUAUUGAUCUUUCUCACUUGACCAGUUUAAACAAACCUGUGAGCCCGAAACCAAUUCCUGAUCUGCAAGACAUCCAUCAUCCGCCUACUCCCGCCCUUACUCCGCUCAAUCCUCUAACCGAUGAUUUGGAAGCUGCGAUGGCCAAGCUGCAUGGUGAAUCUUUGAUUGACGAACCCGAGGAGGAAAAAAGGCCCCUGUCAAGCAUGACGAAUAUCAUAGUGACGAAAAUAGUGGGUCAUGGACGUUCAGGCCAUCGACAUAAAAUAGUCAAAGAACAUUCGGAAUCCAGCCGCACGGAGAGCGGUAAAGGUAAUGCCUCUAUUACUCUGUCAGAUUUAGAAUAUCAUCCGGAUUCAGAUGAACAAGAAGCGAGAGAUAAAUUAGAAGAAAGAAAACCGUCCGUGAAGCCGUACAAGUUUCAUAAAAUCGGCCCCAAGAGUAAAAUGGGACCGUUGGCUGUUCAUAAACCACUCAAAUUGAACAAUGUAGAUGAGGCAUCUGUAGAAGGCGGAACGGAGAUCACCGAAGCAAACUUUGAAACAAAAUUCAAACCCAAGUCAACACCUACACCCAGGUCACUUUCUCGUCAUUCCAGAGAAGUGGAAAAGCUCUGCGAGGACGAGAUGGUGCAAAAUAUGUUACGGGACAUCGAGGAACGUGGACUAAACAAAAGACGAAUUUCUGCAAUUACCUACAAGGAGUUCCAGUCUAAUGGUUCAGAUAAAGAAGUGCGAGCUCCUCGCCGUGGCAAACGCGCCAAAAAGGAUGACUCUAGUAUUGAUUAUGAGGUGACACCCCCAAGGAAGAAGAAGAUGUCACGAACAACUUCGACUCCUGUUGUGGAUUCAUCCCCACAAGAUCAAGCGCUACAGCAAUGGGAACCAAUUCUCAAUUCAACCAAUGAAGACAAAGUGGUUUACGUUCCUCGUAAACUGGCCAAUCCUGCUGAUAGCUCGGUAAUCGUUCGCCGACGAACUUUUUCCUCAGACUCCAGCGCUGACGGGAAUCAGAACAACAAACGGAAGACUCUACAUUCUCUAGAUGUUUCUACAGGAGUGCAGCGUUCCCUCUUCUCGUUGAACGAUCAUUCUUACACAUCUGUCAAAAGUUCACAUGAGCUGGGAUCCGCCGACGAUUUAGUGUCCAAACUGAGCGCCAAAUGUCAGGAGGUUCAUAUCAGUUGUAGAGAUCACCUGCUUUGUGUAAAACUCUGCCCCAGGACAUCUAUAUUACGCAACAGUCUUAAUUCAAAUAUUUUGAGAGAGCUGUCCAUGGUGUUGCGUAAGCUAAAAAUGGAGACAUCAAUUCACGUGGUCUUAAUCACCUCAUCUGGACCGGAUUUCUGCAACGGAAUAGACUUUCCUUCUCUUAUACACGACAAUAUGGCUCAAAGGCUGGAAUCAGCCAUGACCAUCGUGAGCAACCUCCAGGAGUUUAUUACGGAACUGGCCAACUGUGACAAAAUUCUCAUUGGAGGCCUGGUGGGAUCUGUCAUGGGCUUGGGUGUUGCCAUGCUCCCUUACCUGAAUGCAGUGUACGCUUGUGAUAAAACCUCAUUUUGUUUGCCGUACGUCAAACUCGGACAAAGCUACGAAGGUGGUCUCUCGCUGACUCUUCCAUCGGUGUCCAGGAAUUUGGAUAACUUGCUGUUCUGUGAAGGCCGACGUCUCACGGCCACGCAGGCUAAAGAUUGUGGCUUGAUACAAGACGUCUUUUUGCCGGAUAAUUUCGAAAAAGAAGUCGUGCUCCGCGCCUGUAAAAUCGCAGCCGAAUUUACCCAGAGCUCGCUGGCCGGCAAGAGAAUGAGUCAGUCUUCACUCCGCCGUGACCUUCCUGACGUCCUAAAAGAAGAAUCGCAGCUGUUACGGCAAACUUGGAUUUCCGACGACUUCCAGCGACGAGCCAAGCAAUUAUACGCCAACGGAGAUUUGCUGUCGUCGUUGUAGAGCACCGCCUACGAGCUGCAAUCCAUCCAGUCGUCCCCAAUUCCAAGUUAGAUCCUUAUGUUUCUACUUUUCUAUCUCUCUCUCGUCACCUUGUCUAGUUUAAGUUACAGUUACCAAAGGAACUUUAUCGGCGUGAUUGUUUGGCCUUUUUUUUCUUUUUUAAAAGAUUCUCUCGCGUUCUUGUUUGUUUGAUGCGUAAGGAUUUUUUGGCGGGUAUGUAACGGUUUCACUCCAAGUGACGUUAUCACAAAGUGCGCGACGUGUAUUCGCCCGUGUUUUUCCUUAUGGCGAGACGAUCUGUCUUUUGUUUCGUUGAAGUUGUUUUUUCACGCGCGGGUUGUGGGGGGGGGGGACUGAAGUGUCGGCUCGCCGUUAAUCCUUCACGCAAUUUGUUCUCUCCCGUUAUUUAUGUACAUGUAAACCAAAUCAAGAUUUAAUUUACCUUUCACACCAGAAACCGAGUGCCUGUUCUACUCCCAUCCAGUUUAAUUGACAGACGGUUAAUUCCCUCCUUUGCUUUGUAAUUGCGGUUGGUUUAAAAACAUCCAUCAUUCAAUCCCGAAAAAAAUUAUGUAAUUCUACUUUGCUUUUAUGACCCAUCCAUUCGGUGUUGGCUGAGUUGUAAUGGGAUUUUUUUUUUCGGUUAAUAUCAAUACAGUUAACAUAGAACAAUA